AUGCGGAAGUUCCUAAUGGAGUUGAAGCACACUUAUAAUAUCCAGUUCUAUCUUCUUGAUCAAACCCUCUUAGCAUUGCCACCCCUUUUAAGUGAAGUUUUCGGGUUUUGCACGGCUGCCGCCACCAUGUUGCCAAUGGCUCCUGGCGGCAUGUGGUGGCAACUGGCGAUGGCACCACCUAUCAGAAGUCUUUCCUGGAAACAAAUCACUUGGCAUCGCGGGUUUGACUCUGCUGAAAGUUCUGUAGCAAAAGAUCUUGUAGCUGCUGAAGACCCUAUCGAGGAACUACGUGCAGAAGCUAAAAUGUGGGAGAGAAAUGCCCAGAAGCUAAUGCUUGAUUUGGAUCUGUCGAGAAAGGAAUUCGCUAAUCAGUCAAAAAAGGCUGGCAGAAUUAGUAACUAA